AUGUGGAGCUGGUCGGUCGGAUGGUGCCAGGGACUGCUUUGGUUUGUUUUUUCAGUGGAUUUCGCGGUGCAGCAAGCACACCAUGCGGUCUAUUUCAAUCACGGACAAUGCUGUUGUGCGGGAACACGAACUUUUGUGGAAAGUAAAAUCUAUGACGAAUUUGUUGAGCGCUCCAAACAGUUGGCUGAAAGCAAAAAACUUGGCGAUCCAUUCGACUUGACAACGGAGCAAGGACCACAGAUCGAUGAGGUGCAGAUGAAGAAAAUCUUGCAAUAUUGUGAACUUGGAGCACAAGAGGGUGCACAACUUGUUGUUGGUGGUGUACGUGAAGGUAACACUGGGUAUUAUGUUCGACCGACAGUAUUCGCCAAUGUCACUGACCAAAUGACCAUUGCGCAAGAAGAGAUUUUUGGUCCAGUAAUGUCGUGCCUCAAAUUCGAUAGUAUGGAAGACUUGGUUGAAAUAGCAAAUAACACGAUGUAUGGCCUGGCGGCAGCUGUGGUUACAAAAGAUCUUGAUAAAGCGUUCUAUGUUGCUAAUAAUAUAAGAGCCGGUUCUGUCUGGUAA